UGAUGGGAGGCAAAGAACAAAGGCGCAGAUCGGUGUACUGGUGGAUUAUUCGGGUUUUUUCGUUACUGUUUUGCUUUGAACAUGUGUCGGCACAGAUAAGGUAUUCUAUUCAAGAAGGGUUGAAGGAGGAAUUCACUGUUGGAAACCUUGCUAAGGAUCUGGGUCUUGAUGUCAGUACACUGAAAGAGAGACGAUUUCGUAUCGUUUCUGGAUCUAAGGACUCGCUGUUUCAGGUAAAUCAGAAUAAUGGCGUCUUGUCUGCCAGUAGUAACAUCGACCGAGAGGAGCUGUGUGAGGACAACGUUGCCUGUUUGAUUAAUCUAAAAAUAGUUGUGGAAAACCCCCUGGAGAUACAUUAUGUUGCUGUUGAAAUUACGGAUAUAAAUGAUAACUCGCCUAGCUUCCCUGAGCGGGAGCAACAUUUUGAGAUGGGAGAGCAGACUGCCCUCGGAACUCGCUUGCAAAUGCAUGCAGCAAGAGACCCUGACACGGGAAUGUAUUCUGUACGUGCCUACAAAUUAAGUCGAGAUGACAGUUUUGAAAUAGAUUUCAGGAAGAACGACGAAGACAAAAUUCCCUUUUUAGUGUUGAAAAAGCCGUUAGACCGAGAGAGUAAGAAAGAACACCGACUAAUUCUGACAGCAGUAGACGGUGGAAAUCCACCUAAAUCCGGAAGUAUGAAUAUCAGUAUUACUGUGUUGGACACGAAUGAUAACCGUCCAAUUUUUAGUCAAGCCACAUAUUCGGUCACCAUACAAGAAAAUACUGCAAUUGGGACAAUAGUCGUUAAAGUUAAUGCUACCGACUUGGAUGAGGGCUUAAACGGUGAUAUUGAAUACGCGCUUGGGAAAACACUGAAACGUAAAGUUUAUGAUAUAUUUCAACUGGAUAAAAUGACAGGUGAAAUAUCAGUGAAGGGAGAGGUAGACUUUGAAGAUACAGAAGUUUUUAAACUUGACGUACAGGCCACCGAUAAAGGACAGCCUCCUUUGGCAGCAGAAAGCAGAGUCAUCAUAAAGAUACAAGACGUAAAUGAUAAUGAGCCAGAAAUUGAAGUUACCUCAUUGCUGAACUUAGUUCCAGAAGACUCUAAACCAGGGACUGUCAUAGCCUUAAUCAGUGUUGCAGAUAAAGAUUCUGGUCCCAAUGGUAAAAUAACAGUUAGUCUAUCAGAAAACGUGCAUUUCGAGCUGAAACCUUCCAUUCAGGAUAAUAUGUAUUCUCUUGUAACAAAGGCACUCUUGGACAGAGAGGUAACGUCAUUUUAUGACAUCACAAUUACAGCGUCAGACUUAGGUCACCCCCCUCUGUCAACAUCCAAGGUAUUGAAAGUGCAGAUAUCAGAUGUAAACGAUAACGCGCCAAAAUUUCCACAAAAUCCUCUUGAACUGUAUAUAAUGGAGAACAAUGCCCCUGGUACAAGUAUACUGUCCGUGAGCGCAACUGAUAAAGACUUGAACGAAAACGCAGCAAUCACGUAUAACCUGGUAAGAGGCGACGGUUUACAAAAUGAUAUGUCCGCCUUCCUUAAUGUUAAUUCUGAUAAUGGGAAUAUCUACGCGCUUAAAAGCUUUGACUUUGAAACUAUGAAAACUUUCCAGUUCCAUGUAGUGGCCACGGACUCAGGAACCCCGCCACUUAGUAGCAACGUUACAGUUAAUGUGUACAUUUUGGAUCAAAAUGACAAUACUCCAGUUAUCCUCUAUCCAAUUAAUAACAAUGGUUCCGUUGAGUGUGUAGAGGAGAUUCCGCGUAAUGUAAACCCUGGGCAUUUAGUCAGCAAGGUGAGGGCCUAUGAUGCUGAUAUCGGUUACAACGGCUGGUUACUCUUCUCUAUUCAAGAAGUUACUGAUCACACUCUCUUUGGUUUGGAUCGCUACACUGGACAAGUCAGAACACUUCGAUCAUUUACGGAAACAGAUGAAGCUCAGCAUAAAAUUAUUAUUCUCAUCAAGGACAACGGAAACACGUCACUUUCUGCAACAGCAACAGUUAUCGUACAUGUAGUGGAACCAAAGGAGGCUUUUGCUGCUUCCAAUCCUAAAAACACAGUGACAAAUGAGGACGAAACCAAUGUCACAUUUUAUUUGAUAAUUACUCUGGGUUCAGUGUCAAGCCUUUUCAUGAUCAGUAUCAUUGUACUGAUUGUGAUGCAGUGCUCAAAACCAACAGACUCAUCAAAAUAUCUACAAGAGACAAAUUAUGACGGGACACUAUGCCACAGCAUCCAGUAUAGAUCUGGAGACAAACGUUACAUGCUGGUUGGACCCAGAAUGAGUAUUGGUUCAACAAUAGUUCCCGGUAGCAAUGGGAAUACUCUCGUCGUGCCAGACCGGAGGAGGAGAGCCUCUGUCGAGGUAAGAAGUGUUUAAUGCCUACGUAUACUUUCUGUUAAGUAAUACUGCAUUUCCCCACUUAACUGUGCCUCUAAUGUUAGUUUGUGGAUACAUCCUGAGCCGUUAGCCGACACACCUGCAGAAACAGGCUAUCACUGA